UUAUUUGUAGCGUCACUAGAUGUUUUCGUUUUAAAAUUCGUUUCGUUUUGUUGCAAAGAGGUUGAAAAUUCGAAAGUCGUUUAAAGAGUUACGUUUCAUAGAGCUUGAAGUGCAUUGCGUGUGUUUUUCUGUGUCUGUUUGUGAACCCUGGCAGGGUCAACCGGAAUAACAAUUGCUUCCACCGCUCGUACUAGUUUUAGGAUUCCGAUGGAUAUUCACACCGAGAGCAGUGGUAUCGAUUCCUCGCCCGAUAUGAAUUCGAGCCUCGAGUUGCCACCGUCCCCGCACCGACCGGUGGUGAUGCCUCGUAAGCUUUCGUUUUCAAACUCACCGGAACCAAAUCCACCGCCGGAACCAGCGGACAUCGCUGCUGACGGGCAUAAUCGACAGCAACAACCGAGCCACUCGCCACCGUACCGAAAGGUGCGGGCGCUCCGUCUGUUCGACACACCGGCCACUCCGAAAACAAUCCUCCAGAAGUCCACCAACACAAUGUUCCGCCGGCAAGUUUUUGGCCAGUGCGCGACGGAUCUGUUUCCGCCCGCCGCAGAAGCGGCGACACCCGAGGAAGGUUGUGACGUUCUAUGCACAUCGAUCGAAGGUGGCGAGCCAGUGUUAAUCGCGGACAAACCGAAACCGGUUCCGCUGCAUCGCCGUUUGGAUGUCGGUUUACCAUCGGCCAACGUGAACCCCUUUACGCCUCCGGCGAUGUUUAUGCGGACGAAGAAGCGCACUAGGCAGGAGGGUCCGGAAAGUGCCAAAGCGGCUCUGGGUGGCACGUACGGUACUGGUGGUGCAUUUCAUCAAGCACAGAGCUUCCCGUCCGGGUUUCCAAACAACCGGCUUAAUCGAGCAGGCGGCCGUGUCCCGUUGUGUGGUGCGCUGACACCGUUCGCGAUGAAGCAAGCCAACGACUGCACCAUGAACCACACGUUGAAGUCGUUCAAUCUGGUCGAGGACGAGUCCGGCGAGUACCGGCAGGCACCGAAGCGGCUCGCCCUGCAGGACAGCAACAUUUCCAGGUACGAGAAAGAGUUCAUCCAGCUGAUGCUGCUCGGGAAGGGCGAGUUCGGACAGGUAUACCAGUGCUUGAACCGGCUGGACGGAUGCAUCUACGCCAUCAAAAAAAGCAUCCGGCCGGUCGCGGGCAGCUCGUUCGAGAAGACGGCCCUCAACGAGGUGUACGCGCACGCCGUGCUCGGCAAGCACGACAACGUCGUCCGGUACUACUCGGCCUGGGCCGAGAACAACCACAUGCUCAUCCAGAACGAGUACUGCAACGGAGGUAGUCUGCAGACGGUGCUGCAGGAGCGCUACCUGAAGGAGUCGGAACUGCGAACGCUGCUGCUGCACAUCGCCGAGGGUCUGAAGUACAUCCACUCGAACGAUCUCGUGCACAUGGAUCUGAAGGCGGGCAACAUUUUCCUCUCCAAGACGCCUCUCCGAUCCGGACACGGAGGGCAGGCUGCGUUUGCGAUGCAACACUUACCCGCCGAGUGUCCGGACGAUGGCUUCGAAGACGUGUACGAUGACCUGGAGAACGAGUUUCUGGUGACGUACAAAAUCGGUGACCUUGGUCACGUCACGUCCAUCAACGAUCCGCAGGUGGAGGAGGGUGACUGCCGCUACCUACCGACCGAGAUCCUGCAGGAAGACUACUCCAACCUGGCUAAGGGAGACAUUUUCUCGCUCGGCAUCACACUGUACGAGGCGGCCGGUGGUGGCGCGCUGCCGAAGAACGGUUCCAGGUGGCAUCAGCUGCGCAGUGGACAGUUUCCCGAUCUGCCUUCCAUCGGGAAGGAUUUUAACGACCUUAUCAAACAGAUGAUGCACCCGAACCCGGAAAAGCGUCCUUCGUCAACGACCAUCUUCAACCAUCCAGUUCUCUCGCCGAUUGACUCGAAAACGAAGGCCCAGCUCUGCCUCGAACUCAGCAUGGAAAGGCAAAAGAACGAGGUGCUCCUGAAGAAGCUGAAGGAGCAGGCAAAACUCAUCAAGACGCUCGAACACUCGCAAACGCCAGGUUCAGGACGUAAAAUACGCUCAUCGGUCCUCAGCGAGCUUACCACAUCCGAUCGUCGUUUGCGGUCAUAUUCGCGCAAAAAGCGCACCACAAACCUCAUCCCAAAUCGACGCGGUAUUCGAGACAGCAACAAAGGAAAAGAUUAUUAAAACCGGCCAGGGUCAGGGACCUAAUAACCACUUCUCCAAACGAUAUCCCCUGCAUCGGAACCGACCGUGUUGCGACAAGGUCGCCUGUCCGCUUCUCCGAAAAUGGAAUUGUUGUUCGUAUGCUCAAGAUAGCUAACCUGUGCCUUUCCGAGCCUAGUUUUGGUUCAUCAAAGCCUUUCUCCCGAGUGAAUGUUUUGAAGUUUCUCAUCGUGGGGGGAAGACCAGACACCGAAAGCUUCGCGGAGCUAAGCAAGCGAAUCCUCCUGUCCAAUCGUGGAUAGAGAUGAUCUACGCGAUAUAGAAAGACGAAACGAAUGUCGCCCCAUGCGAAAGCAUGUUCAAGUGAACAGCACAAAAGCGAGAUUAGUGGAGAAAAAGCGGGUUUUAUCGUUUUCGAACUAAGAAAGACGCUAAAUUCCAAACGUUACUCAGCGUCGCCCAGCCAAUAGUUGAAGAUCGUUGAAUUCAUUCCAUAUUCUUUCUUUCUACACUACAGCACUCUAUUCUAUUUUCUUUGUAAGGAUUCGAUUUAUAAUUUUAUUCUGAGUAAAAUCACUACCAUGAACUUUCAGUUGUUUUUCAAACAAGAAUUAAUAAUACUAUUUUCUCUCCGAUUACCAUUGCGUUGUUGAUGGGUCAUUGGAUGAAAUUGCUACUCGAAGCAUUAUUAAUAUUACACUUCUAAUGUUAAUGUAUUGCACAAAAAUUAAACGCGAAGAACGGCGCCCUGAACGGUGGAAAAUGAUUCGGGAUCAGUUUUCACACGAAAAAUACCUUUAAUUCGAGACUUUUCUUCUUUUCUUUUUUGUUUUAUAUCUAUUUAUUAUACAUUAUUAGACAUUAUUUCGCUCUCUUUCUUUUGACACGCAAAACAAACAUGGUUGGUAACUUUUUCUUUUUUCUUAAGAUGCUCGUGUAGAAUGUAAUUUCUAAAUUGUAAAACGGAAUUAAGAUCGCACUGAAGAAAUUGUUGAACAAAAUUCAAACUCUCGUAAAGAAACCGAAAGCUAGAAACGUUACGGUUUUCGGAAUAUAGCGUACGUAUGGCAAAGGUGUAAGAUUUGUUUUUGUUUUUCUUAUUAAUGAUCGGUCGUGUACAAUCCAAAUCUGAAGCGUAUAUAGGUGAUGCGAAUCAAAACCAAAUGUACGAGAAAAUCGAACCCAAACGCAAAAUAAUCCAAAAGUACGCACAGGAUCGUGAUCCGUCGGAAAAUGUCAUGGCGCACUCGGCAGGGAAAAACGAAAAUGAUCGCGUAGCGCACAAUCAGGAUGUAGAGGAACAAAAAUGCUGUGAAAAUUCAGGAAUAAAAACAGGAACGAUAAGGAAAAGCAGUGAAUGGAAACGAAAAAAUAAACAACGGAGGAUAACCCCAGCUUACGAAGAAAUAAUGUGAUUAAACAUAAUAUCGAUCAGAGCGAAGUGAUCAUAUAAAGAAGCAGCAAGCAUGCAAGUGUAACGAUACAAUCAAGAGAUGAGAAAAGCGUGAGAAGAUUUGAAAAUAAUAAAUGUGAAGUAGGCGGAAACGGAGAACGGAACGAAAGGCUGUAAACUUGCCGUUAUUGUUGUUCAGAUCAACGCACAUACGAUAUCGACGCAGAACGCGGUUCGAAAAAUCGUUAACCAAACCCGGACGGACGUCUUAACCUCAUUGUGAAAGCAUAUUUUAGUGUAAGAGAAGCAUGGCACGCUUUGGUGGCAGAGAAGGUUGCUAGGAUAGGAUGUAAGUGCUCCUUAUUUUGUACGAUAUGUUUAGCAACUGUUAGGUUUUUAUAUUCCCUCCUACACAGAGUAUCACAGGAUUUAUAUUUAAGGCUACGUUGAGAUGGUCACAUAAGUCAAAGAGAAAGUGAGAGGAAAAUUAGUUUCCCAAGCCAGAAUCUACUAAGAACUUGUCACGAACUAACGGUACGAUCGAUGGGCACCGCAUGAAAAGGACAUAUAACUGGACCUCGGUGUCCCAAUUCAAGACCCAUCUGAAAUGCAUGUGAAAGAACGAAAGGAAAUUUUGUGAUUUUAUCAAUUAAGCCAGUAGCUGUGCUUGUGUGUGUGUUCGUCGCCAAACCUUCUUCUUUCCCGCAUCGCUCCGUUGGCAGAGCAGUUCCAUUGCUCGGUUCGGAGCGGUCCGGAUGACAACAAGGGCCGGUACAAAGACACUGCACCCGAACACUCCAUAAACACAGCUGCGAACAGAGCAUGCAGUGUUGUUCAGAACUAGAGGAGAGGAAAAGGGUUUAGUUUAGGGUAAAGGUGAGAUAUGGCAGCUUUUGGUGUUACGAUGCGAGGAAUAGUCCAUAUUAAAUUCAACAACAGAAUUCGGAAUUUAUCGCGUGCAUCACUUACGGGCAUAAGUUUAUUUUCGUUAAUUCACGUUUUGCUGCUCUAGCAAGUGGUUGCCAGCUUGAAUUCUACAUUGCCAUUCAUUCCAAAGCAUUACAUAUUAUUUCCAUAGUGGUCGGUUACUGUUUUUCUUUAUUACUGAUUCAUGAUAUCCGUUCUAUUUUACUAGUUCUUCCUUUCCUUAGUGCUUGCCUUAGCAGUUAGUAGAGGAUCGUCCUUUUUCUCACACCUUCUACCAUCUAAUCGAACCCCAAUACGUCGCAUCUCAUUUCCUUCCUAGGAGCUAGGAUAUCUUAGGUUAAGAGUUAUAUUAGAUAGGAUUUAAAAAGAGAUAUCAGCGAACAAAACUAAAAAACAAUUGUAUACAGUGAGAAAACACAUAUGUAACAACAAGCGAAAGAUUAAUAAAAAGAUGA